CAGACUGGCUCGUUCUCACCCUUGGGACUGUUGUUAAACAGUGAGAGAGCAGGUUGACUGCUGGGCUCCAGAGGAUCUCAGUUUGGAAUCUCCAUCACACCGCGAGCUGUGUCCCUUACAGGCUCAGCAGGAGAGGAAUGGGAUCAGCAUCAUCCACACACCGCUCCAAAGCGAUUUUCCUGGAUAUUGGUGACAACCGCACACAGAAGGCAAGGAUUGGAAAAGCUAGUAUUACAGAUUCCAGGAAAAAAACAGAGCUUCCUGUUCAGCUCAAAAUGACCCUGAGGCACCACCUCCCAAACCAGGAGGAUCUGACUUCACUUUGGACACGGAAUCUCACAGCUCCUGGUCUUAUCUGUAACAAUUUGUCUGAACUGAGCUCUGUUCCUUUUCAUUGGGACCACAACCUGACCCUUGUGGCUCCCCUCUCUGCGUUUGUGGUUACUGAUUCUGCCCCACCGUGCUCUCUCUCCCCUGUGUCCCCUCCUCCUGUUCCACUUGGUGCAGUAAAGGUCAUUUUCAGCAAAUACUGCAGCCCCAGUGAUAUUCGAGAGUUACUGUGCAGCACCACAGGAUUGGCUCGGAGCUCUGCGAUUUCUCUGCUGGAUUCCGACAACGCGAUCAUCUCCAUUGAUCCAACGAUGCCGCCAAAUACAGCCAGCUCUCCAUACAGAGUUGUUGCUCUGACUGGUGCUCAGUUAUCAGAGAAAGACGAAGUUUUCCAGAACGUUCUAGCUCAAGUUGCAGAGCAGUUUUCCAGGGCUUUCAAAAUCAACGAACUAAAAUCCGAAGUUACAAACCGCCUCAGCAUUCUGGAGAAACGUGUGGAAUGUACAGAGUCCGGACCCGACCCACGGCCGAUUCUGCUGUGGUCUCGGAGAUCGCGGCCUUUAGCUCCGCCCCUCCGACUCGGUGCUCGAUUUCCUCGAUGUCUCAGCCGUGCUUUUGUAGCUCGGCCGAGAUACACACUUUCUGAGGAGACCAUUACAUCUCUGAAACAACCAACAUUUGACGUCUGGCUUUGGGAGGCCAAUGAGAUGCUCAGUUGUUUGGAACACAUGUACCACAGCUUGGGGUUGGUCAAAGAUUUCAACAUCAACCCUGUCACUCUGAAGAGGUGUUACCAGAUAAACGCUCGCACUGAACUCGCGGUCCGUUACAAUGACAUCUCACCCCUUGAGAACCAUCACUGUGCUGUUGCAUUCCAAAUCUCCUCCCAGCCCGAGUGUAACAUUUUCAGGAACAUGGACCCUGAGAUCUUCAAGCAGGUCCGUCAGGGGAUCAUCAAUCUGAUUCUAGCGACUGACAUGGCCCGGCACGGCGAGAUCCUUGACAACUUCAAACAGAAAAUCGAAACCUUUGACUUCUCGAAUGAGGAAGAUGUGACAUGUCUGAAGAUGGUUCUGAUUAAAUGCUGUGACAUCUCAAAUGAAGUCAGGCCAAUGGAGGUAGCAGAGCCUUGGGUGGACUGUUUGCUGCAGGAAUACUUCAUGCAGAGUGACCGGGAGAAAUCUGAGGGGCUGCCCACUGCCCCCUUCAUGGACCGGGACAAAGUGACAAAGGUCACCGCCCAGAUCGGCUUUAUCAAGUUUGUUCUCAUCCCCAUGUUCGAGCUGGUGGCCAAGCUUUUCCCUCAGAUUGAAGAACCAUUGGUUCAGCCACUGAGAGAAUCACGGGACCGUUACGAGGAGCUGAAGCAAAUUGAUGAUGCUACAAAUGAGAUUCACAAAAACAAAAACGAAUCUUUAUCCAUCGGUGGCAAAAAGAAGUGAAACAGCCCUGGUGUGUAUUUGAGGGUUCCAUGGAGAAUGGGUUGCUGUUGCUGAGCCUGGGAUGUUGUUGCUGUGAAGGAAGUUGGGAACUCCCCAGCAUUGAGAGCUGUAGCCGUGAAGAACUCCCCUGACCCGCUGUCAGUGACUCCCACAGCCUUUUGGGGAAACGUUGUUACCGUUUGAUGUUCAACACUGGACAAUUCCAGACUCUGGAAGCUUUUCUGGUCAUUUUUGGUGUGAAUCCUGGAGGGAGGCCGAUUCACAUUUGUUUGUUGGAAUUGGUGGUUUCUCAUGUUCGUUCCAUUGGAAAUUUUCACUUUUGAAAUUGUGUGUUUCAUAUUCUGCUUUUUUAACUUGUUUUAAAAAUUGACUUCUCAUGAGGUGGUAGUGCCUGAGUUUUCACAGGGCCCCAGGCCUGGUUCUGGGCCUUGACUCUAUUUGUCGAAGAGCUGGUUGUAAUAAAGAUCAACAGUUUCAGCUAGUGGUAUUUUUUUUAUUGAUUGAAAUUCUUUAAAAUUUAUCUGAAGAUGAAAGGAGGAGUUUUGCUAACAGCUGAAUUUGAUUAGUUGGGUU